UGCCCCGCUCCGCCCCGCUCCCCACCCACCGCCAGCCUGGACGGUCUCCGCCGCGUCCCGCUGGGAUCAGGUGUCCCGGGCGCUCCAAGAUGCAGCCGGGGCUCUGGCUCCUCCUGGCCGCGCAGAUCGCAGCUCUGCGUGGCAGCUCGCCGCUCCAGCAGGUGCCUGCGUCCAUCGUGAUUCAGACCAAACAAAUGGUGACAAUGUCCUGUGAAGCCAGAACCUCCCCCACUAGCACGCGCAUCUACUGGCUGAGACAGCGCCAGGCUCCGAGCUCGGACAGUCACCACGAGUUCCUGGCCUUCUGGGAUUCCAUAAAAGGGAUUGUGUAUGGCCAAGAGGUGGACCAGGAGAAGCUCACUGUGUUUCCGGAAGCAACCCGCUCCAUUCUCAAUCUCACAAACGUGAAGCCUGCAGACAGUGGCAUCUACUUCUGCAUGACCAUUGGGAACCCUGAGCUGACCUUCGGGAAGGGAACUCAGCUGAGUGUGGUUGAUGUCCUUCCCACCACUGCCCAGCCCACCAGGAAGCCCAGCACCAAGAAGAAAGUGUCCCGGUCCCCAAGCCCAGUGAUCCAGAAGGGCCUGUCCUGUGACCCCCUCAUCCUCGGCCUCCUGGUGGCUGGAGUCCUGCUUCUGCUGGUGUCCUUGGGAGUGGCCAUCCACCUACAUUGUCUGCAGAGGAGAGCCCGGCUUCGCCUCCUGAAACAGUUUUAUAAAUGAGCAAAAAAUAUGCGCUUGGGAUCCUGCUACAAAAAUACAUUGGUCAGUAAUGAGCGAGAUCUGGAAAAAUGAGAGAGAAGGGCCAUGCUCAACUCACUCCACUGUGGAAAUUUCACUGACCUGCUGAAGUUGCCUGCUUUUCACUAUUGCAAGUUCAUUCUGUGGGCCUCACACAUGGGAGCAACUUGUUAGUUGGUCAUCGGGAGUCACGGAGAGAAGGCUUCAGAGCCCCCGAACACUUCCUGCAACCCGGGGAAACCCUGGAGGAUGGAGUAGGAAAUGCCUCCAUGACACCACUUCCAGCCCCCCUACUCCCCCUGGGAUGGGCUGGGACCUUUGUAUUGGCCGUCCAGCCCCAGUCUUGUGGGUUGUUUUGCCCUGGUACGGCAGUGACAUGGAGUCCUGAGUCUCUCAUGGGAUGGCGCUGGGAUGGCUCCUCCUUGGUCUUCCCAGGCUGGGCUGACUGCCCUCACCCCAGAGACCAGACCCAGCUUGGAAACCAGCUUCUGUGAAGGGCUGACCUGACUCCUGUAAUUACUUCAGUCUCUGGGGACAUCCUUUUGGGGCUGGGUACUUGUGGCUUUGAGAAUGGGAAAUCACUUUGUCUCCUGUUAGGAAUUUUCCCAGGCUUUCACUUCUGCUCUCCCAUGGCUUGUAUAUUUCUCUCUCACUUUCUGUUCUUUUUAUGAAAAUGCCUUGUUUGUAAAAAUAAAGUCCUGAAUAAAAGAU